AAUACAUUGGUGCGAUGUGAAAAGUACAAUAGGGUACAACGAUUACACUAUAUUUUGAUUACGGACAGGCCAGCCAGUUUCGGUAAUCAUAGCGGACAGUGAUUGCUCUCGUCUGCUUGCAGUUUCGGUAAUCAUAGCGGACAGUGAUUGGCUGACACAAUCCGAAUCACCACACUGCCAAUAUAACACCAAGAGCGAAGGUGGACAUUGACCUUCCACACUCUAUAACGGAUUCUUCUUCAAGUUUUGCGAGUGGUUCAGGUAUGAAACUGGAUGACAUCUUCGUGGACCGUAUCGGGGACUGGGGCAGGUUUCAAACGUUGGUUAUGGUUCUUACUUCAUUGUCUAGCCUGCCAAUUGCACUGCACACAGUCUCGUUACUUUUCAUCGGAGGCAGCGAACAGAGCUACUGGUGUGCCCUGCCUACAAAUGAAUUCGACAACUUUUCACACGAAGCCUUAAAGGACGUUUUCAUUCCCAGUAAGCUUGGUGCUGAUGGUGUUAAAGUAUAUAGCAAAUGCGAGAUAUACAAUCUGGAUAAUAUUUCACGUCAAGAUAAUUCUGAGGCAAUAACUACUGAGACUAUACUGAAAUUGAAUUCGACAUUCUAUGCGAGUGGUGUAAGAGACAAUCGGACGACCGCAACAAGACGCUGCAACGCCUGGCAGUACGGAGAGGAUGGAAGAUACAAAACAUCUCUUCUAACCCAGUAUGGCCUUUACUGCGAGCGAGAAUGGCUUCUUCCGCUAUCUCAGACACUUUUUAUGGCCGGGUGGAUGGCGGGUAACAUUGUAUUUGGUUCUUUGGCAGACAGAUAUGGCCGAAUGAAAGUUAUACCACCGGGCUUUCUUGUCAACACAGCUAUAGGAAUUGCGAUGCCGUUCAUACCAAACUACUUUGUGUACAUCUUUUUCCGCUUCCUGAUCGGUGUCACCUCUGGAGGUCCAUACACUGUGCUGUUUGUAUUAGCUUUGGAAUUGUGCGGAAAGAAGUACAGGAUUUGUGCAUCCUCGUGUAUCAGUGCUGGUUUCAAUAUUUCCCUGUGUUUAAUGGCGGGAAUCGGUUACGCAAUGGCACCAGUCAACCACAUUACCAUGCAGCUGAUUAUAGGAUCGAUUCCUUUUAUUCUUGUCUUUUAUCACUGGAUUAUCCCUGAAUCACCGAGAUGGCUUGUCUCGAUGCAUCGAUACGAAGGAGCCAAAGUAAUCGUUAAAAAGAUCGCCAAGUUUAACAAACGUCCGAAGUCAAAAUAUGAAGAUGACAUGUUAUUCGAAGAAGAGAGUGCUGAACUGUCCUGCGACAAGAGUGCCUCGCUGGAAAAAUUGUCCGAGAAGAAAUAUACCGCCCUUGACCUGUUCCGUACGCCCAACAUUCGUAGGAUUACCAUAGCUACUUACGUCCAAUGGUUUUCAUGUUCAUUCGUCUGGUACGGAAUGAUAUUCGCAGGCGGAUCCCUGGGUGCCAAUGUCUACAUCAAUUUGUGUAUUAGUGGCAUCGUUGGAAUCGUCGGUAAUAUCCUGUGCGUUCCGUUACUGAACUUCUUCGGUAGGAGGCCAACAACAGUGACAGUUAUGCUCCUGAUGGCUCUAAAUUUGUUGGCUUCAAUUCCUUUGGUGGGAAACCCAGAAUUUGAGACCGCCUUGAUAGCUGUUGUGUUCGUGGGCAAGCUUUGCAAUGUCAUCGCGUUCGACACAAUCUGGCUCCAUUCUACCGAGGUGUUUCCAACGUGUAUUAGAGCUGUUGGAGUGAGCACAGGUUGUCUCAUGGCCCGAGUUGGAGCACUGAUAUCACCUCUCGUUGCAAAAUUGGCUACAAUACAAACAUCCCUGCCUCUCAUAGUUUUUGCCACCGUUGCUGUCCUCGCCACCAUCUGUUGCAUUCAGCUUCCGGAAACAAAUAAGCGCCGUCUACCGGAGACAAUUGAAGAGGGAGAGGAAUUUGCAAAGUUUUCCCUGUCAUGUCGAAAGCCAUGCAAGAAGAAAAUGCAAUUGAAUAAGCCCGACCCUACCCUCCAUUCCGUGUAAAGAAGGAACCCUUUUGGAUGCAUAAGGGCAUGCAGUACGGUCAAGUUGGGGAAGCUUUAAUAAGACGUCAGUGCUGAGAUUCAUUGUACCCGUAUGUAAUGUAAGAAAAAUAAAGAAGGAAAUCGAAUCGACUAAAAUAUAGGAAUCUGGAGGAGAUCACAGUUUGCGAAGCCUGUUUUACCGAUGUAGAGGUUUGAGACCAGAAACAUCUCGCAUUGAUUUUUUCCAGAAAUACUUUCGCACGUGUAUUUUACAUCAUUCAGGUUUCAAAUGUUUUACAAUGAUACGUUGUAUUCCUGUUCUAAGUGUUUAACACUUAACUGUUUUACUCCUGUUGUCAGGCUGUGUCCUUGUUAUAAGUUCUUUUCAUAGUCUAGAUAUAAAUUAUGUACUAUAUAUUUUAUCAUAUCAAGGACUUUUAGGAGAUAUAUAUAUACAUUACUUUAUAAAUGUUAACAUAUUCACCAGGUCGUUCGCCUAGCUCAGGCUGUUUUUUUGUCUGGAUUACCUGUAAUGCAUAAUACGUGGCGCGUAUUAUUUUACUAGCCAAUUUUUGAAAAUGCUGGCAAGAAACAAAUGUCCCUCAUGCAAACAAGACCCGAAUCAGCAUUUUCGGAAAAGGGGAUGACAAAAAGUGCGCCGCAGCUA